AUGCAAUACAUUUCCAUUCUUCUUAAAAAAGAAAAUGUGGGUUGGAAAACUAAACUUGCUGGAGUAGGUCUUUUUGAGUCUGCUUUGCCUGCUCGACUUCAAGUUGGAACUUUAGACUUGAGAAACCUGUCCCAAUAUCACAUGAUAUAUCAGGUGCCAAAUUAG